AUGCCAAGAAUCCAGUUCACUCAUUCUAGUGACCCGCCAUAUGCAGAUUUGUUCGUCCGACUCAGCGAGGUUGAUACUAAUGGGGUAUCCCAUAACAUCACGCAGGUCUAUAAGGCACUUGAUCCCUUGCGCGACCAGUCACAGCCCAUCAGCCUUGAGCUACACGACUGUGCGCAUACUUUCCGAGCCGGGACCCGGAUUCGUCUUAUCGUUGCUGGAGGGGCGUUCCCCAUGUAUGCUCGGUGCCUGGGCACUUCUGAGGACCGCGUGCGCAGUGAUAAGGUCGUUCCGCAAAAGCACACCAUCACUGUGGCAGGUGGGUUGUCAGAGUUGGUGCUUCCGGUUCAAGUCGACGCUUGA